CUUUGCCAUCCAGAAACCCCCAUUUUUCCCACCCAACGACUCCCCAAAAACAAAAAGAAAAGAAAAAAAAAACAAAUAAACGCUCUUUCCUCUAGAGAGAGAAAAUCAAAGAAAAAAAAUUCGGUGGAAAAAAAAAAAGCAAAGAAAAUAGAGGAGGAGGAGCAGGCAUUAAUGGCGGAGGGAAAAAAGGAGAAGAAAGCGACGGACGAAGAGAGCGUGAAGCUGUUCGUAGGUCAAGUGCCGAAGCACAUGACGGAAGCUCAACUGCUCGCAAUGUUCAAAGAGUUUGCUUUGGUCGACGAAGUCAACAUCAUCAAAGACAAGACCACUCGCGCCUCCAGAGGGUGUUGCUUUGUUAUAUGCCCGUCGAGACAAGAGGCGGAUAAAGCGGUCAAUGCCUGUCAUAAUAAGAAGACUUUGCCUGGGGCAUCUAGUCCAUUGCAAGUGAAGUAUGCAGAUGGCGAGUUGGAAAGAUUAGAACACAAACUCUUUGUUGGCAUGUUGCCGAAGAAUGUUUCUGAGGCUGAAGUUUCAGCUUUAUUCUCUAAAUAUGGAACCAUAAAGGACCUACAGAUUCUACGAGGUUCUCAGCAAACAAGUAAAGGUUGUGCCUUUUUGAAGUAUGAGACAAAAGAACAGGCCCUUGAUGCCCUGGAGGCCAUUAAUGGAAAGCAUAAAAUGGAGGGUUCAAAUGUUCCUCUCGUUGUCAAAUGGGCAGAUACAGAAAAGGAAAGACAAGCUCGAAGGGCCCAGAAAGCUCAAUCUCAAGCUUCUAAUAUAUCAAAUGCUGAUUCACCACAUCCUUCAUUGUUUGGAGCCUUGCCAAUGGGUUAUGCUGCCCCAUUCAAUGGAUACGGAUAUCAAGCUCCAGGAAGUUAUGGACUUAUGCAGUACCGGUUGCCACCAAUGCAGAAUCAGCCUGCAUUCCAUAAUAUGAUUCCUCCAGUAAAUCAAGGAAGUGCAAUGCGAGGAAUCACACCUGACCUUGCUCCCAAUAUUGCUCCUAGAAAUUAUGUGAUACCUCCUGCAAGUUAUGUGGGAUCAGCUUACCCAGCUGUGCCAGGUAUUCAGUACCCCAUGGCAUAUCCUGGGGGAAUCAUGAGCCACCGUCCAUUGACCAGUUCACCUGGUUCAGUGCCACCAGCAAAUACAACCAGUAAUUCUUCAUCAUCCUCCAGUGUAGGUACAAGUUCAGGAGGUCAGAUUGAAGGGCCACCUGGUGCAAAUCUAUUUAUUUAUCACAUACCUCAAGAAUUUGGUGAUCAAGAGUUGGCUAAUGCUUUUCAAGGAUUUGGUAGGGUCUUAAGUGCAAAGGUUUUUGUUGACAAAGCAACAGGGGUUAGUAAAUGUUUCGGAUUUGUUAGUUACGACUCUCCAGCAGCUGCUCAAAAUGCGAUAAACGUGAUGAACGGAUGCCAAUUGGGUGGUAAGAAACUGAAGGUUCAGCUUAAGAGAGACAACAAACAGAACAAACCUUAUUGAUUGGGAGGUGAGUCUUGGAAGGAAGCAGAAAAUGUCUGUCACAUGUGGUCGCAUGCAACUUGGAUAUAUUGACUGACUGCAGUAUCAGCAUUUUGGGUGGGUUGGGGAUAACCUGUGGUUAUAUGUGUCACUCCAUCCUUGUAAUUGCUUCAUGGGAUCAAAAUCCCAGAAACUUGUAAUUCAUGGUGCAUUCCAUGCCUACACAAUUUGUAUUCUGUGUAUCAUUGAAUUCCAUUUAGACACUAAUUAUUAAUUUAUUGAUUUUUCCUCGA